CAACAUUUCAGUCCUUAUAAACUUUAUAAGUCGCCAUCUUACAUUUUCCACUUCGCCAUCAAAGCUUGAGUCAGAGUGCGAAGUGAGAACUUUUUGUGGUAAACAUGUCUCGUUACUCCAGACCUCCAAAUUCGUCGCUGUACAUAAGGAAUGUUCCAGAUGGCACACGCCAAGAAGAACUCAGAAGCGCUUUCGGAAAGUACGGACCCAUCACAGAUGUCUAUAUUCCUUUGGAUUAUUACACACGGCGUCCUAAGGGAUUUGCAUAUGUGCAGUUUGAAGAUCCGAGGGAUGCAGAUGAUGCACUGUACCAUUUGGACCGAACACGCUUUUAUGGAAGAGAACUGGAGAUUGAGUUUGCAAGAGGAGACAGAAAAUCACCUGGACAAAUGAGAGGAAAAGAAAGAUCUUCAAGGAGGUCCCCAUACUCAAGAUAUGAUGAUUAUGACAGGAAGCGUUACAGGUCAAGAAGUCGCAGCCCAAGACGCUCUCGAACAAGGAGCCGUUCUCCAAAGAGAGAAAGAGAGAGCAGGAAGUCUUACAGUCGCUCAAGGAGCAGGAGUCCAUCAUUUGAAAGGAAACGUGAAGAAGGGACACGAAGCAGAUCCAAGACGGGGAGCCCUGACGACGGCAAGUCGGACAAGGAAGAGAGGGAAGCGUCCCCCGGGGAGUGAUUUGUUGGAUGGUUUUCAGAGAAUAUCAUGUCAUUUCAUCAUAAUGUGAAUACCCAUUGAAUUCUGUCACUGUCACACGAUGAACAAGUGCUUUGCAUUGGUUUUAUGAAGUAUGUGUUCUCAUGUUUUGUUCAUGACUAUAUGAGUUUAUGUAAGCUUGUUGUGACUUCCGUGUUACUGUCUUUACAUACACGCCCAAAACUGUGGUCACUGUUCUGUAGUAAAGUGAAUUUUUACAUUUUUUUUCGGGGAUGGGGGGGGAGCUUUUGGUCUAGUUUGUACAUAUUAUGUUGGUAUUUUAAUAGGACAAAAGGGGUGGGGGUUUGGUUGGACAGCACUUUUGGUGUUGUUUUUAUGGCAUGAUUUGUGCCGCAUUGGCUUCAAUCACAUCUUGUAUGGAUCGUCAUUUUUCAUAGAAAUAAAAAUCACUUGUUGGUCUA